AUGCCAUACGCCGUGCAAUACGUAUCCACAAGCGAUGCACCAGGUCUAGCAGAGGCGAUGAUGAGCGCCUGGUGGCAAGAUGAGCACUGGAAAGUUCUAUGGGCGAAAAGCAACAUGCCGCUCGAGCAAAUAAUUUCUGAUUGUAGUGAGCGCUUGCCGUGGAAUUUCAUGAGCGGCCGAAGCGUCAAACGGCACCUCAAAGUUGUUGAUUCAGAUUCUGGGGAAAUAGUAGCGUAUUCGCGAUAUAUUUUACCCCAGACCCAUACCGAAAUAUGGCCCGAAGCCCAGAUUUCUGAACCUAGUUCUGAGGAAAAGGCGGAAUACGAAAGAAAGUUUAAGAGUGUCACAGACAAUGGAAAGAUAAGAGGAAUGGAUUAUGCGUUUGCUUCGGAGUUUGGGAACCCUCUUGCAGAAGUGGAGGAAGAAAUUUUGAAGGAUAGUGGUUCUUGUUUUGCUGUGGAUUACAUGACGACCCAUCCUGCUCACCAACACCACGGAGUAGCGUCAAUGAUGUUGAAUCAAGCUCUCACAGUUGUAGAUGAAGCGGGCUUGAAAUCAAUUGUAAUGGCAAGUCCGGCUGGACAAAGACUGUAUGAGGGACAUGGCUUUCAAUUUGUGCGCACUCUUGUUCAGGAUGAUUCUAAAUACGGGACUACAUCACCCUACGUUCAUUCUUGGCUUAUUAGACCAUCUCCCAAAUAG